AGAAGAAUUUGAUCCUUGUGACAUGGACAAAGAAGAAUUUAAUGCAAUGUUAUGUCUUCUGAAAUAUGUGGAUAACUGCAGUCUUUAUCAAAUGAUAACAAGGCAGAAUCAGCUAGAUCUGCAAAUUCGAAUUUUACAUAGUGACAUGCAAAGUCUGUUGUAUGAUAAUUAUCGUAAAUUUAUUGAAGCGUCUAGCAUGGUUUCGAGUAUAAAAUCGGAAAUUAAUAAAAUGGAAGAUGAAGCAACUUUGCUGCAGUCCAAAAUGAAAGAUUUAGAAGGAAUAAGCACUGCUGUUUUAGAGAACUUACAACCCACUCAGAGUAAAAUAACUAAACUUUUAAAAUGGCAAGAAGUUAUGAAAAAACUUGUUCUACUUACUGAUCUCAUACCAACCCUGAAAGCUCAUGUUGAAUCCAGGAAGUAUGAAACAGCGGCUUUUCAUUAUUUAAAAGCUAAAAGUGUUCUGCAAAAAUAUCACCAUUUUCCUUCCUUCAGAGGUAUAGUAAAGGAGUGCGAUGAAAUUAUGGAUCAUGUAAAACAGAAACUAAAAGAAAAAUUAAGGUGUGACAUUUUUAAUGAGGAGGAAAUGGAAGAAACUGCGAAAUUAAUUCUAGCUCUAAAUGUGGAUGCUAAUCUGACAUUGCAAUGUUUUUUGAGUCAUUCAGAAGAUUGUUUGGCUAAUACAUUGUCAGCAAUUCACAAAAAGUGUGGUCUCGAAAUAUCAGAAAAAGUGGAGGGCAAAACCAAAGAAGAUUUAAUAACUUUGGAACUCACAGGGUGCAUUGCUUUGAGUUGCUACUACGUUCAGUUAUUGUCAAAAAUAAUCAUUGUAGUAAGAAAUGUAUUUUUAAAAUGCGAUAAGAAAAAUAUUUCUUUUAGUGCUUAUAAUAUGUUAGAAGAUUUUAUAGAAAAAUUUGCGCAAAGGCUGUAUUCUGUUCUUUACCUAAAUUUUCAAUCAGCUUUCGUGUAUACUAAUGAUGAAUUUAUGUCAAUAAUUCUUGAUAAGCUUUGUCGCCGAAGUCAUGAUUGCAAUUUAAUUUUACCACAGUUAGAUUUUUAUACGAAAAGUAUCCAAAUGAUGCUCAAAAUCUGUGCUGAUCGGUGUGAAUUUCAUCUUCGCAAUUUAACGAAUGCUUUUCUUUCCGAAUCAGAACGAUUGAUGAAAGAGCUAAGUGAAAAAUCUCAUUCAUUGAAUAUUUCAUAUAUGAGAUUUGAAACCUCUAUGAAGGAUAAUAUUCUAACCGUUCUUUUUUCUCUUAAAAAUUUUGUCAGGCCAGAAUUUAUAUUUUCUAGAAAUAUUCAUUUCAGGAAAAUAUUUUGCAAAUCAUUUGCUCGCGAAGGUAUCUUUGUUUCUUAUUUUCGUUACAUUAAGGCAAAAUCUUUGGAAAUACUGCAAAAUGCUGAUAAAAAGACUUUGUACUUGCCAGCUUUGUCUCUGUUGUUUUCUAAGUAUAUGUUGCAAAUGUACCACUCAUCUAUAACUCAGUUUAUGAAUAUGAUAGAUGAGCAAUUGUACGCGCCGAUCGAUGAUAUUCCCUUGUCUCAGGCAUCUGACAUUGCAUGUGAAUUUAAAGCUGUUGCUAGAGAAAUGUUGGACAUGUACGUCAGAAUUCGUCAAGAAAAAACUUCAGCUAUGGUCAGAAAAAGCCUCGAAAACAAAAAAUGGAUGAGAGUUAAAGAGCCACGAAGAGUGAGCGUUGUUGUAAAAAGAGUUCUGGAAGAUUUGAAUAAAACUAAAUCUGAGACAGAAAGUCUGUUUGGAAGCACUAAGGGUUCAUCACGAGAUAGAGCUAGUGAUUCCGGAAGAACAUUUAAUUCGAAACUAAAAAUAAACUCUCCAAUUCAAGAUCCUACGGAUGAAGCUGUUUUUAACCGUAUUUCUACGAUUUUCAUCCAGCAACCGACAUUUUUCAAAACCGUUGACUUUACCAGUUAUUCAAUUACGAGCUGUAUUGUGAAUCUGACCUUGAAAUGUUAUAGUGAAUAUAUCAGACAGAUUACAUUCAACUCUUUCGGACUCCAACAAAUCCAGGUGGAUAUGUAUUAUUUUCAGACAUUUUUAUCGCAACAUUUUGGCAUCGAAGAAGAUUUUAUACCCUUUUUUGACAAUAUAAUAUCAAGUUGCUAUAACAGAACAUUCCAGCCACAGUUAAUGAAACAUCAGGUAGUUGCAGCUCUGUGUCAAGAAUUUUAACAACUCUGUCACGCAAGGUCAGCUAUCAUUUGACGUAUCAGCCCUAAGAAAAGAUUACAAUCUUUCCCUUAAGCAUUGUUGUUAUUGUUAGCAGUAUCAAUAAUAAAGAAUGAGAAUGCAAUAAAAAAGAGAAUUGAAAUCAAAGAAUGACAGCAAAAGACACGAUUGAAGUCGUUAAUUUGGACGAUAACAUCUUAGUUUCUAUACAAGAAUAGUUUCAGGAUCCUCAUUCUGUCAAUCGUAUUUGACAUAUAAUGAAAACCCGUUUCCAGUAUUAGAGUUACGAAACAGAUUUGUCAAAAUUUCAGUUUGUUAGUAGCGUCUAAGAUACUUUUAAAACUGGAACAUGUAUGU